GGGUUUCCCGUCGGACACGGAAGCCGAAGCCGCGGUGUUUUAAAAAGUUUAGACAAACUUUGCAACAACCUCAGAGGUUAUUUUUUUUCGCACAUGUCAAAUUCGGUCAACCUUUUGAAUGUAUUUACACAGAAAUGUCACUUCAGGUUAAACUUCCUCGCUGUUGUUGUAGUCUUCUCACGUUCUGAAUACUGAACCUUUUGCAGAGGUGCGUUUGGAUGACAUCCAGUAACUUCAGGUAGCGCUAGCAAAGAUUAGGCAGCUAACGUUGCUGGCGGUUUCGUUGGUGCCAGUUAGCAGUUGUGACAAGGUAGACUUAGUUUUAUGACUGCAUAAUACAAUUUUUAUCUGUUUAGUUUUCCUGAGGCGCAUCUCGGAAAUGCCCCGUGUUGAUAACGCUGGAGCGGCCGACGGUGGUGUCAGGUUGGCGAACGAGCCUUUAGCUCGGAGGCUAAUGUUUGCGCACGGGUUAGACAAGGAUGUAAGCAGCCAUGAACUUGAUGGAACAGACUUUCAGAGAGCUUCUCUCCACGAAACAUCUCAGCAAGGAAUGUCUAUGCCAAUUAAGUCAUCUCCACAGCAAAAAUACAAGAGCGACAGAAAGCAAUGGCCCGCCCGUGUACUAUCAAUACUCCUCUGCGUCAUCGUUGUGUCUGCUAUCGCGUUGUUUUUUGCCUUUGUUUAUGUCAUUUUAAAAGAGCUUAAAGCGGAAAAAAUAAUAACAGAAGACGGAACAGAAGUCAGACUACUAGGGUUUUGGAGUUUGUUGAUGCUUUCCUCAUUGGCUGGGAUCUCCUGUUGCAGCUUCUCCUGGACGCUUACCUACUUUGAUUCAUAUGACCCUAGCACUUUUCCUCCACCCUCUUCCUCAAGAUUGAGGCGAAUGACUGGGCACUCCUUCCAUAUGGGAUACAGUGUGGCUAUUCUCAACGGCAUUGUUGCAGCAUUCACAGUCAUGUGGUGUCUCUCCUGAUGCCGUGGCAACGUCGCUCUACUUUACCACAAGCCCUCGCUACGCCAGUGCAGCGAUGGUGUAAACUGCCUUCUAGGGGCUUAAGGAACCACAGUGUUUGUCUUAUUAAGUGCCUUUAGAAUGUAAUGUUGAAUGUUGUUCAACACUGAUCUGAUCUGAAUCGUGUUUGUGUGUGUGUGUGUGUGUGUGCGUGCGUGUCAAGAUCAUUCCUCCUGUGUGUACAUUUAAUCAGGUUUUUUUUAAUUGGAGGUGUUCAUUUUUAGUUUUGCAGUUGCAAUGACAAGCCUGUGCUUUGUUUAAGAAGUGACAUGUGCGAAAUGAGAUGCUUAGGAAUGAUUUCUCUCAAACGAUGUUGUGUGUUUGGAUUAAUAUAAUUAAGUGUAGUUUAAAACGCUGUGUAAUUUGCAUCCUCAGUAUUUCCAUUAUUUUCACUCCUUUGAAUAAUGCUGCUCCUUAUGAUUCGUUUGCACAAUAUCCUCAAACAUUUGUUUUUUAAAAGUGCAUAUCUCUCUCUCUCUCUCUCUCUAAUGCUUCGGGACGAUUGUUAGGUUAUGAAUUAUGCGUUUCCUGUUUUGCGGCCACCGAGUCGAGCUUUAAUGGCAUUUAAUGACUACUAAGUGAUCUUAGCCAGCUGUAAUGGGGAGCAGAGCGUGCAGCAGAGCUAGAGACGGGGAGAGAGAGCGGGGCAACGCGGCGUCUCCAUGUGGUGGAGUGAGUGAGUGAGUGAGUGGCCCUGGGGGCACGACAACAGACUGUUAAAGUGUGAAUUCAAUGUGGUAUUGUCAUAACCACACAGCCAACUCUCUCACACACACACACACACACACACACACACACAGACACACACACACACACACACACACACACACACACACACACACACACACACACACACACACACACACACACACACACACCAUUCUCAUCCGAGGACUUUUCACUUUGUCUUUAAGUAGAGUGGCCCCUCUGGCUACUCGUUUGAGCAGUGGCCAAAUCUCUGUGCUCUUAAUUGAGUUAUCUCCUAGACACCGUGCCCCCCUUCUCCGCAGCUGAAAGGGAGAGAGAGAGAGUUAGUGCCAAUGCUGGGCAGUGGAUAAAUGACUGGUGUGAGGUCGAGAUGGGGCUUGCUGUUUUCUCGGGUCUGAUUUGAUUCUCUGCUAAACUAAAUCCCUGGUGUUAUCCAUCCAGCGCUGCAGAUUUUCUAUUUCAUCAUAGGAUUGACAUUUGUAUGCUUCAGGCAACGAACAGGAUGCAUUUUAUUGUGCCAAGACUUUUCAAAUAAACGACCAACAGUGUAA